ACGCCAGACAUAUGGUCACUCGCUAUUCUGGGAGGGCACUUUCUUAAUUUGAGGAGGCUUCAGCAACAGGAGUCAAUGCGCUACGAUGGAGGAAAGUUCGGACAAGAUUCCUUUCACCAAGGUUUGUCCUGUGGAUCCGGAGAAAGGUUUCUCACCGGCACUCGCUGCGACGCUGAAGCCCCACAGCACCAGUUGUUUUUGGAGAAUCGGCACCAUCGCACUCAUCGCGAGCACAACCCUCAUGCUGCUUGGAGCAAUCGGGGGCCUUUACCUCUGGAAAGUCAGCGACAAAAAUGUGUACAAUAUUCACUACAGCGUGAGCAUUAAUGGGAAGAUUGAAGGGGGUUCCAUGGAGAUUGACUCUGAAAAUAACCUGGAGAGGUUCAAAAUCGGCAGCGGAGAUGAAGAGGCAGUAGAGAUUCAUGAUUUCCAAAUUGGGAGUAUUUCUGAUUUUAUUCUUGAUCUUAUUCUUUUUCCAAUUAGAUGAUAGUUUUAAGGGAUUUUUUUUUGGAUGCACCUGUUUGUGAGAAGUGUUAUAUCUGCUGUGAUCCCUUUAGUAGGGAGUUACCGGGAUCCGUUUCUCUGGAGCAGAGAAGUGUUACAUCAAAUCCCAGAUCAAAGGCAACCUUCCCGAGGUGGAGACGGUGAACAAGGACUCCUUGAGGAUUG